AUGUCGACAGUGGAGGACCUGCUGGAUUCGUCUGAAGAGAUUCGCUAUGUCCAAUGUGGCCUUUGUAGCACCAUAUUGUUGGUAAACGUUCCAUACAGCAACCUGUCGAUGGUGGUGAGCGUUAGAUGCGGCAACUGCACUGGCCUCCUCUCUGUCAACAUGGCGAUGCCCUCUUUCAUCCCUUUUGAUCUUCUCACUUCCCUCUCUCAUAACUUGCCAAAACAGUUGGCUUUCGGCCAAGACUUUGACCUCAACAACGUCACAUCCGACCUCAUAGCCUCCAACCAUAACAUAAUUCAAGAUCAUGAAGAUGAUCCCGACCUCAUCAUCAAUAUUCCCCCCACUCCAGUUGUUAACAAGCCCCCGGAGAAGAAACAGCGAGCCCCGUCAGCUUAUAACCAAUUCAUCAAGGAAGAGAUUCGGAGGCUGAAGGCGGAGAACCCAGCAAUGGCUCAUAAAGAGGCUUUCAAGACAGCUGCAAAAAACUGGGCUCAUCUUCCUCCAGCCCAUGGCGAAGAAGGAGAUCAGAUGAGGAAGAAAAUUGUUGUGUAGCGCACACCCGGCCCCCUCAGGCCACAGCGUGCAUGUUGUUAACUUAAUCAGAGCGGGUCAGAGGUCAAACUGUGUGCUUGCUUCUUUUCAACACCCUCCGAUCCCCUGGCUGGGCUGCUUUGGAUCUGUGUGAAACACAACGCACACUACAUAUUAAUUCCCAUUCCCAUGCUGUUGCUCUUGCUAUGCCCACGCACCAAUCAACCAAACAAACACAACCCCUU